AUGGAGAUAGAAAGGGAGGAGCAGAAGGAGGGCCAUCAGAACGUGGAGGUGGAAGCGGAGCAGAAGAGCGAUAACAAAAUGGAAGUCGAAACGGAGCAAACACAGGGCCAUCACGUGGAGGUGGAAGCGGAGCAAACGCAGGGCGAUCACGUGGAGGUUGAAGCGGAGCAAACGCAGGGCGAUCACGUGGAGGUUGAAGCGGAGCAAACGCAGGGCGAUCACGUGGAUGUGGAAGCGGAGACUGAGCUAACCCCUGCUGGGCGCGCCGAUGGGCGGGAGGACCACCUCGAGAAGGGGCACGACUUCCUCGACUUUGAAAACAUCCUGCUGGACGUGAGGCUGAGGAAGGCAAUUCUGUACCUCUUCAAGUUCAGGCACCCAACGAAAAUACAAAAGGCAGCCAUCCCGCAUAUCCUCCAGGGGAGAGACGUCAUCAUAAGCUCCAAAACAGGGUCAGGCAAAACCAUGGCCUACCUCAUCCCACUGGUGCAAAAUAUAAUAAAGGCAAACAUAAACGAAAAGGAGUCCCUGAAAUUUUUCUACAAAGGAAUAAUUCUUGCCCCUACAGAAGAACUAUGCCUACAGAUUUACCAAGUGGCCCAGACGUUAUGCUCCUACCUGAAGCAUAUCCUCUCAUUCAAUCAUAAUUUGAAUAGAACCCUUUGCGAUCAUCCAACUGUUCUAGUGACUACCCCAAGGCAUUUGUACAGCCACACGGUAGAGUGCAAGAAGAGAUCAAACCUAGACAUACUAUCCAAUUUAAAAAUUCUGGUUGUAGAUGAAGCGGACAUUUUGCAUACCAAAGGGUUUCUAAAGUGGAUGAAUCUUUUGGCUAGCUACCAUUUUCCGAAAAAUUAUUCCCAGAAAUAUCAAAUUGUGAUGGCAUCUGCUACUCUGAAGGAAAGCAUUGUAGAAAAAACGAAACUAUUUUUGCAUAAGCCGGUUUUUUUAAGAGCCGAAUUGGAGAAGAAUGGACCUCCUUCUAGUCGCACCUCCAGCAGUGUAGAUCAUCUGGAUGGUCUCCAUAAGAAGGGUUCCUCCACCAAGGAGUGUGGCAGUCCACCUGUUGGAAGCGACAAGCAGGGUGAUCCUUCUGGGCCCCCCCAAAUGAGCAAACCGCCCACAAAUCAACAGUUCAGGGGGAAAUCAUUUUACUACGUGUACCCAGAUGAAACGACGAAAUAUAUAUACCUGUACAACCUCAUAAAUGAUAAACUAAUUUUGCACAAAUCGAUCAUUUUUACCUCGACCAUCCACGAUGCGUAUAAAAUAAAAAUUUUCCUAACCUACUUUGACAUCCCCUCCUCCAUCCUGAACCCGAGCCACCCCAUUUUGGUCCGGCAGAACGUCAUUUUCGCGUUCAACAACUUUAAGCUCUUCUUCUUGAUAUGCCCGCAGUACGAGAGGAAUGCCGCGGGGGGGAAGUGUAAAUCGGGCCACGCAGACCACGCAGACCACGCGGUGGACGCAGACGAUACGGGGGAUGCGGCCAACCAAGAUGACAGCGGUGACGAUUUGGAUGAUGACGACUCGCCGAGCAACCUCGACGACUCCGGCGAGGACGAGAAGGACUUCCUGUACAACCGCGGACUCGACUUCCAAGGGGUGCACUGCGUGGUCAACUUCGACAUGCCCCGAGACACGAAGACCUUCGUGCACCGAGUGGGCAGGACCUGCAGGCUGAACAACAAGGGCAUCAGCAUUUCCUUCAUCAACGAAAACGAGCCCGCGGAAAAAAACACCCUCCAAAAAAUAGCCGCCAAAAAUAUAUGCACCAUAAAUCAAAAGGCGGUAGCACAGAAUAAGGUCGAGAUGUACAGGUACCGAGUAGAGUCUAUGCUCAACAAAUGCACCAACAAAAAGGUGAAGCACUUUAUUCAAAAGGAAAUCCUCUAUCAGUCUCUCAAGUCCAAGGAGCUGAAGGAGUUUUUCAACUCCAAUGAAGAGGAAAAGAGGGCCAUCAACAAAAUUAUAAAAUGCUUUAACACGCACGUCGUGCCGCACAAGCUGAUCAAGGACCGGUCGAAAAACCUCUUUUUGAAGAAGACCAAGAAGGGGGUGAACAGAAAUGAGAUGAACCGAAAUGGUACGGAAAGCGGCGACAUGAGGAGGGACAGGCAGAACCAGCAGCGCAACGGGAAGAGCAAUGGCAGGGAAGACGGCAAAAGGGGAGCGCAACAACACUAUGUUAAAAGCAAAAGCAACGGGUUCGUGCUCACUGAACAGGCAUAUGAGGACCAGCUGAGGAAGGAACCGGAGGCGGAAGUGGCCGACCCGUCCAAGCUGCCCCCCAUUUAUGGAAAGCGCUUGCGAAGUUACGUGUACAACAAGUACGUAAUGGGGAAGCGCCGGCGGGCCGGCAGCGCGCGCGGCAAAAGAGAUAAAAGCGAAAAGGCUAACAGUGGAAGGGCCAAUAAUGCAAGGAAUAACAGCGAACGGGCUAACAGGGGCAGGUCAAAUGUGCGCGGCUCGCACGGUAGCAGCGCGCAUAAGGCAAAGCCCAGCGGGGACAACUCCGCGCACCGGGGCAGGCAGGAGGGCGCGCGCCAGAACAGGCGACACGGCAGCGCCGCCCCCCAGAAGGCCUAA